CAUCGCAGCAGGCUGCUUUGCUUGAUGUUGUAGAGCAAGCAUUGACGGCCGGUUGUGUUGGGUGAGGUGUGUGAGAACAUCUGCAAUGAGAAUCGUGAAACUACAUCGUGUUUGACACUGUUCACCCGAGUGACUGUGUGGGACUAAUGUGACGUUACACGGCUACGCUCGAGCCGGCCGGAGUCCCUUUCCGUGUAUUAUUCGGCAAGGGAGCCUCCGAGAAGGCUCCGAGGGGCGCUUGGGAUCUUUUGUUCCUAUCGGUUUUCUCGCUGCGCUCAACGCCAUGGCGCACACCCAGCCGAGUGUAAACUGCAGUCUGGAUGACAUCGACCUCAACAGUCUAAAGGACCCUGCUGGUAUAUUUGAACUAAUUGAAGUGGUCGGAAAUGGCACCUAUGGCCAAGUAUACAAGGGUCGGCACACCAAGACUGGACAGCUUGCAGCCAUCAAGAUUAUGGAUGUUACUGAGGAUGAAGAGGAAGAAAUCAAGCUAGAGAUUAAUGUCCUGAAGAAGUAUUCCCACCACCGCAAUAUUGCCACCUACUACGGGGCAUUCAUACAGAAGAGUCCACCAGGCAAAGAUGAUAAGCUUUGGCUGGUCAUGGAGUACUGUGGUGCUGGUUCAGUCACAGAUCUUGUCAAGUCAACCAAGGGCCAGUCACUGAAGGAAGAAUGGAUUGCAUACAUAUGCAGAGAGAUCCUCAGGGGCCUGAGCCAUUUGCAUGCCAACAAGAUUAUACACAGGGACAUCAAGGGACAAAAUGUCUUGCUCACUGACAAUGCUGAAGUAAAGCUUGUGGACUUUGGAGUAAGUGCUCAGUUGGACCGUACGAUAGGACGGCGUAACACAUUUAUUGGAACUCCUUACUGGAUGGCCCCAGAAGUGAUUGCUUGUGAUGAAAAUCCAGAUGCCACGUAUGACAACAGGAGUGACCUGUGGUCGCUUGGAAUCACUGCACUGGAAAUGGCUGAGUCACAACCACCUUUGUGCGACAUGCAUCCAAUGCGGGCUCUAUUCCUAAUUCCUCGAAACCCGCCGCCUCGGCUCAAGUCACGCAAGUGGGCAAAGAAGUUUCACAGCUUCAUUGAGACCGUGCUGGUCAAGGACUACCAGCAGAGACCCUACACAGAGCAGCUGCUCAAGCACCCAUUCAUCAAGGAUCAACCCACCGAGAGACAGGUGCGCAUUCAACUCAAAGACCAUAUGGACCGAUGCCGUAAACACAAGCGCUCAGCCACAGGAGCAGGAGGUCCCAGGGAAGUGCCAGGAGGGCCCGACGAUUACCGAUACAGUGGCAGCGAGGGUGAGGACGAAGAUGGUACAGCAGGCGAGCCGGGCUCCGUAGAGCCGGCACAGCGCGACUUGACCCUGAAGCGGAACUUCCAGCAGUUACAGGCCCGGGAUGGUACGCUCACUGCUCCACAGCAGCAGCAGCCGCAGCAACCAAGCAAGCCUCCCGAACUUCCUGCCAGGCCACCACCAGUGCCACCACAGAGGGUUAUAGUGGUGCCCGAUCCCCCGCCGCCCAGCAAGCCAUUGCCACCAAUUCCCGUGGAGGAGGAGCGCAAGCCAGCUACACCGCCACGCAACCAUCAGGCUGGGGGAGCCCGCGGAAGCUCCUCAUCCCACCAGCAGCCCCUGCCACCUCCACCAAACAGCAGAGGCCCCAACCGCAGGCCUGAGGAGCUGGAAGUGCUAGCGCAACAGCUGAACGAGCUUGCCCUGAGCGGUGCUGGGGGACGGGGCUCGAACGGAGCGCGCCUGGCGCCAUCUCAGAGGCUGAAUGGUGCCCAGCCCAGGCCGCCUGCUUCAUCCGAGAUGGUGGGCUCAGACUCUGACGAGGACGAUGGGCUCAUCCAGAAUGAUGGCACCCUGCUGGCAUCAGACCCACCAAGGCCCUUACCUCCGGACGGCUACAGCCAGGAGACUCUGCGCUGCCUGGCCUCAGAGGACCCGCUGUGCCAGGCCCCCAACAGACCUCUGCCUCCGACACCUGACGAAGAGGAAGGUCGCAACGAUGCCACGCUCGUGAUGCGCAGGAUACCAAGCAACAGCAGCAGCAGCAAUGAACAGAGGCAUUCGUCAUCUGCUGGAAAAAAUGAUCACGGAAAAGUGCCCGCAGCCAGCAGCGCAGCAGCAGCAGCCCCCAGCGCUGGUAGCCGACGUUCCGAAGAGCACCCGCGACGGUCCAGUCACUCCCAGCAACAGCAGCAGCAUCGACCCAAAGAGCGGCCACGAGAGAGCAAAGGGCGCCGGAAAGAGUCGUCCGCAUCAGCAACUACAGCAGCCGAAGUGACCGGCCGGCAAGAAGCGCGUCGUCCCAGCGAGCGAAAGCACUCGCAGCAACUUCCAGACCGCACCGAUCGCAACCCAGCAGCGGUCGCCGAGUGGCUCAUGAAGCACUCCGGAUCGCCAGCAAUCAGGUCAUCGCUCAACUCCUCCACUGGCGCAACCAGCGCUGAAAGACAGUCGCGACGUGAGGCAGCAGAUUCUGCGAAUUCAAGUGGUGACAACGCCCUCUUGCGAGAGGAGACAAGUAGUAAGGGCAACCAUGAAGACCGACUGGGAAGGUCAGACCUGUCCCAGAGUUCGUCGGGAAACCUGUCCAAUGCUCGGUCAAGUGGCGAACUUCCCGAUUUGCUGCCACGUCACGCGCAGCAACGCCAGCAGGACAAGUCAACAUCUGAUGAGUACCGACAGGCUCUUAACCCACCGGCUCCACCUCAGUUGCAGUUGCAACAGAAGCAACGCUCCUUCCUGACAUUUGGCUUUAGCGCGGGUGGGGGCAGCACAACGGGGGGUGGGGCCCCCCCAGCCCCAUCUCCUCGGCGGGAGUCCCACGUCAAUGUCAACGUCACACCCACCUCGCACGAGGCAGUGAGCACCACCCCGGAGAUUCGCAAGUACAAGAAGCGCUUCUACUCGGAGAUCCUCUGUGCAGCUCUCUGGGGGGUGAAUCUGCUGAUUGGCACGGAGAAUGGCCUGAUGCUGCUGGACCGCAGUGGGCAGGGCAAGGUGUACCAGCUCAUUUCGCGUCGGCGCUUCCAGCAGAUGGAGGUGCUCGAGGGCCAGAACAUCCUGGUCACCAUUUCGGGCAAGAAACAGCGUGUGCGCGUCUACUAUCUUUCCUGGCUGAAGAGCAAGAUCUUGCGCACCGAUGCGCAAGUUGAAAAGCGCAAUGGCUGGAUAAACGUCGGGGACCUCCAUGGCGCAGUUCACUUCAAAAUAGUGAAGUACGAGCGCAUCAAGUUUCUGGUGAUAGCGCUGAGGGACAGCAUUGAGAUCUAUGCCUGGGCACCCAAGCCAUACCACAAGUUCAUGGCGUUCAAGUCUUUUCCCGAGCUGAUCCACAAACCUCUGGUGGUGGACAUGACUAUCGAGGAAAACAUUCGCCUUAAGGUGGUGUACGGAUCAAGCCAAGGGUUUCACGCAGUGGAUUUGGACUCUGGAGCUGUUUAUGAUGUUUACAUUCCUUCCCAUUUCCAGGAUCGUGCAGCGGGG